CACGUGUGAUAAACGUUUUACCUGGAAACGUCGCCGUUUAAUCGAAAUAUAAAAGAUCCGCCAUCAUCGUCUUUGUUUCUGAUCUCUCCCUGAGAAGCCUAGAAUCAGAAAAAAUGGCACCAAAAAAGAAACAGCAGAAGCAAAGCAACAACAAAGCAUCUUCAACGUCUUCUAAAUCCAAACCACAAUCUUCCUCCGGUCCAAGGCUUCAGAUUUCUGCCGAAAACGAGAAUCGUCUAAGACGGCUCUUACUUAACUCCGGCCAGUCCACUCAGCCAUCCUCCGCGACUUCUGUUCAAGAUAAUCUCUCUAAGGUUCAAAAGGCCAAGAGAUUGAAAAAUAUCUACGAGAAGCUCUCCUGUGAAGGCUUUUCUAAUGAUCAAAUUGAGCUUGCUCUCACUUCAAUCAAGGAUAAUGCUACAUUUGAAUCUGCUUUGGAUUGGUUAUGCUUGAAUUUACCGGGAAACGAGCUUCCUUUGAAGUUUUCAAGUGGAACUUCGCUAAAUACAAAUGAAGGUUCUGUUAGUGUUGUAUCAACUGCGCGGGACAAUUGGACUCCUUCAGUCAAUGCUUCCGCAAAGACCGAGGAGCCUGUGCAACCAGUUUCUGUUAGAAUCAAAGCACGGUGGGAUGAUAAUGAUGAUGCUCUAGAUUCUCGUUCACAGGCAGAUUGGAUUAGGCAAUAUAUGGAACAACAGGAAGAGGAUGAGUCCCAAACUUGGGAAGACUAUGAUGUUGAUGGAAAUUUAGUGAACAAGGAUCCUGUACCGCGGUCUUAUGAAAUUAUAGCUGAAGAGUACUAUGCAGCACGAUUGGAAGCUACAAAAGCCAAAGAAAAAGGGGACAAAAAAACUCAGGAGCAAGCAGGCCAUGUUAUCCGCAAGCUCAAACAGGAAUUGGCUUCUUUAGGGUUAUCAGAUGACAUGUUAGCACAAGAGUUUGAUCAUGAACGUCAUUCUGUUUCUGUGCCUGAGGGCACAUCUAUGAGUGCUAUGCCUCAAGAGCAACUUCAGGAAAAAACAUCAUCUGAUGCAGAAGGGGGCUCAGACUUUCUUGUGCCAUCGGAUGAAAUACCAGUAGAAGCAAAUGAUGUGGAAAGUUCAAGUUCUGUGGAGUUUUCAGAAGAAUCUAUUCCCUCUAGUGUACCUGUACAAAAAGACAUUGUAUUAGAAGAUGAGGCUGGAGAAGUGGAGCUCGGUGAUUUCUUUUUGGAAGAUGUUGCAUCAAAUGAAGCUUUACCUCCUCAAGUAUUGGAAUUACAAAAGAAGGAAAAAAGGAGAGAAGAAUUAUUAAAUGAGAAGAAUUUGGAGAAAUUAGACGGCAUUUGGAAGAAGGGGGACCCGCAUAAGAUUCCUAAGGCUGUCCUUCACCAACUAUGUCAAAAAUCAGGGUGGGAUGCUCCAAAAUUUAAUAAGGUGCUAGAAAGGAGAGAAGGCUUCCUGUAUUCUGUUAGCAUAUUACGCAAAGCUAGUGGAAGGGGCAAGAGUAGAAAAGCUGGCGGUUUGAUCACCCUUCAGCUUCCUGACUGGGAUGAAACAUAUGAAUCUGCUGAGGAUGCCCAGAACAGAGUUGCUGCAUUUGCUCUUUACGAACUGUUUCCUGAUAUCCCUAUUCACCUGAUCGUUACCAAACCUUAUGCUUCUCUUAUUUUACAGUGGAAAGAAGGGGAAUCAUCAAGCAAAGUGGAAAAUGCUGUGGAGGAGCGGAGAGCUGGUUUUGUGGAUCGGUUAUUGAAUUCAGAUGUAUCGAUUGCCAGAGCUGAUACUACAAAUGGGCUUUCAGAACCAUUACAAAACUCUCAUGUUCAAGAGGCUAGCAAGUUUAGUGAUGCUGGUGCUCAUCCCGUAGCAGGAAGGGAAAAGAUUACAAGUGACGUGGAAAGUUCUUAUCUGAGACAGGAGCAAGAAAACAAAAAGACAAUGCAGAAAUACAGGGAUAUGUUGAAAACUAGAAAUGCUCUUCCUAUUGCUGGAUUGAAGGAUGAUAUACUGCAAAUGCUGAAUGAAAAUAAUUUUCUUGUUGUUUGCGGGGAAACAGGCUCUGGAAAGACUACUCAGGUUCCACAAUUUAUAUUGGAUGACAUGAUUGAAUCUGGACGUGGUGGAGAGUGUAGCAUUAUAUGCACACAACCGAGGAGAAUAGCGGCUAUUUCUGUGGCUGAAAGAGUUGCUGAUGAGCGAUGUGAACCUUCACCUGGUUCAAAUGGCUCCUUAGUUGGUUAUCAAGUUCGUCUUGAUAGUGCAAGGAAUGAGAAAACGAAGCUUCUCUUUUGCACAACAGGCAUUCUUUUGAGGAGGCUUGUGGGGGAUAGAAACUUAGCCGGUGUUACUCAUGUCAUUGUUGAUGAGGUGCAUGAACGGUCACUAUUGGGUGAUUUUCUACUCAUUAUUUUGAAGAGCCUGAUAGAGAAGGAAUCUGGUCAUGGCACGCCAAAGCUGAAAGUUAUUCUUAUGUCUGCAACUGUUGAUUCAACUUUAUUUUCAAGUUAUUUUGGACACUGUCCUGUUCUUACUGCACAAGGCCGUACGCAUCCUGUGACAACUUACUUUCUUGAGGAUAUAUAUGAGAGUAUUAAUUAUCAUUUGACUUCAGAUUCUCCAGCUGCUUUAAAAUACCAAACACCAACAUUUGAUAAGAGUGGUUCUGUGAAUAACCGUAGAGGGAAGAAAAAUCUUGUCUUGUCUGCUUGGGGUGACGAUUCUCUGCUUUCAGAAGACUUUGUUAAUCCCCAUUAUGUCUCAAGCAAUUAUCAAUUGUAUGGUGAGCAAACCCGACAGAAUUUGAAAAAAUUGAAUGAAGAUGUGAUUGACUAUGAUGUGUUGGAAGACUUGAUAUGCUAUGUUGAUGAAACAUGUGGUGAAGGUGCCAUACUUGUCUUUUUGCCUGGAGUGUCUGAAAUUCACAUGCUACUCGAUAGGUUAUCUGCAUCUUACCGAUUUGGUGGAACAUCAUCUGACUGGGUACUUCCUUUGCAUUCUUCUAUAGCACCAAUGGAUCAAAAAAAGGUGUUCUUGCGUCCACCUGAAAACACACGCAAGGUUAUUAUUGCAACAAACAUUGCAGAGACUAGUAUAACAAUAGAUGAUGUAAUUUAUGUGAUUGACUGUGGAAAGCACAAGGAAAAUCGUUAUAAUCCUCAAAAAAAAUUGACAAGCAUGGUUGAGGAUUGGAUAUCUCAAGCAAAUGCGAGGCAACGCCGAGGAAGAGCUGGACGUGUUAAACCUGGAAUUUGCUUUUGCUUGUAUACACGUCAUAGAUUUGAGAAACUUAUGCGUCCUUAUCAGGUUCCUGAGAUGCUUCGGAUGCCAUUAGUGGAGUUGUGUUUGCAAAUAAAGUUACUUUCUCUUGGUCACAUAAAACCAUUUUUAUCCAAGGCUUUGGAACCUCCAAACGAUGAGGCUAUGACUUCUGCAAUUUCAUUGCUAUAUGAGGUUGGAGCUGUAGAAGGGGAUGAAGAGUUGACACCUCUUGGGCAUCAUUUGGCAAAACUUCCUGUUGAUGUAUUGAUCGGAAAGAUGAUGCUGUAUGGUGCAAUAUUUGGUUGCUUAUCACCUAUUCUUUCCAUUUCUGCAUUUCUCAGCUAUAAAUCACCUUUUGUAUACCCGAAAGACGAGAGGCAAAAUGUUGAAAGGGCAAAGCUUGCGCUUUUAACCGAUAAGUCAGAUGGCUCAAAUGAUUCAAAUGACAAUGAUAAGCAAUCUGAUCACAUAGUAAUGAUGGUUGCGUACAAGAAGUGGGAGAAGAUUCUGCAGGAGAGGGGUGCUAAAGCUGCACAGCAAUUUUGCAAUUCUUAUUUUUUGAGCAGUUCAGUUAUGUACAUGAUAAGAGACAUGAGGAUACAAUUUGGGUCACUGCUGGCAGACAUUGGAUUCAUCACUCUUCCAAAGAAUUACCAGACUCUAGGAAAAAACAGAGAGAAUCUUCACAGAUGGUUAUCUGACAGAUCACAGACAUUCAAUAUAUAUUCACAUCACUCCUCAAUUGUGAAGGCAAUUCUAAGUGCAGGUUUGUAUCCAAAUGUGGCUGCCACUGAACAAGGCAUUACUGCAACAGCUUUUAACAGCCUUAAGCAGUCUAGCAAUCCUGUAACGAAGGCUCGUCCUCUCUGGUAUGAUGGAAGAAGAGAGGUUCAUAUACACCCAUCUUCAAUCAACAGUGGUGUAAAAGCAUUUCAGCACCCAUUUCUAGUCUUCCUUGAGAAGGUUGAAACCAACAAAGUAUUUCUGCGGGAUACUACUAUUGUAUCUCCCUUCUCUAUCUUGCUGUUUGGUGGCUUCAUUAACAUUCAGCAUCAGACAGGAUUGGUCACCAUAGAUGGAUGGUUAAAGCUAACAGCUCCAGCCCAAUCUGCUGUCUUAUUUAAGGAACUUAGAUUAGCUCUUCAUUCCCUACUAAAGGAACUUGUCCAAAAGCCAAAGAAUGCAACUAUUGUUGAGAAUGAGGUCAUCAGAUCUAUGAUCCAGUUAUUGUUAGAUGAAGACAAACCCUCGAAAUAAAGUUACAAAAAGCAACAAAAUGUGCAAGCAUCUUCCUCGUCUCGAAUUUUGGUGAGACAAGGAACAUAUCACUACACCAGGGGCAAGAUUCCUCCCUGAUAACAACCGAUUCAUCAUAUUUGGAGCAGAUGGAGAAAAUGGCUGUCACGAUAUCUGAACCAAACCUUCCUUGCAGCAGCCAGCGCCUUGGUAGCUGUUAUCCAUAUAAUACUAACCAUGAAGGAAUUAAGGAACAGUUCAUCUCACAGUGUAAGCGAAGGAGAAGAGAAGAGUGUUUGUUUGCGAAGUAGCGGGUAAAAAGAAAUAUAAGAAGAAAGUUGAGGAAAACUCAUGGUCUAUGGGUCUUGCCCUUGGGUUUGACUUCAAUAUAUUUUAUACAUGCAUGUUUUUUGGAUUAGAAUCUUUGAUUGUCAAGACGUAUGAGAAAAAGUUUUUGGGAGAGGGAAAACAUUGCAACAAAAAACAAAUCAAAAUCUCUCACUUAUCACAAUCAAUAAAUGAAACUUGAUUGACAGGA